AUGGAGGUCGCGACGGCCACGGAGGCGUCGGCGCCGGCGGCGAGCGGCGGCGCGGCGCGGCAGACCCACCCGUUCCCGUGGCUAGACGCUGCCAUCUCGGAGCCCUACUACUUCCUGCACCUCCUCGCUUUCUUCUCUUACUUCGCGACCCGCAGCGCGGCGCUCUCCGCCGACGACGGAGGGGAGCUCCACGACCGCCUCCUCCGUCGGGAGAUCCAGGCAGUGCUCGUGUUCCUCGUGCUCUUCGUAGUGAAGAUUGUGAAAGAGGAAACCUGGGAAACAUUCAUUGCUGACUCAUUGCUUUAUGCAAAGGGUUUAUUGCUGGCAGUUACUUUGGUUAUUGAUUAUUGGCUGGCCUUUGCCUACUUUCUGGGAUUUCUUGUUAUAUAUGCUGUAGCUCAACAGCCACCUUAUGACAGCCUAGGCCAUUCAAAUCACUUGACCCCAUUGCAACUUGAAAGUCUGCUAACUGAAGAGCCAACAUCACGAUUUUGGCUGGUAGAAUUCCGAACUUCAUUUUCAUCAAAAUGUAUACAAGCAAGCAGCGUUCUGCCUGAACUUUCUAUUAUGUACUCCAACAAGAACAUCUCUUUUGGAAUAAUUGACCUUGGGCAUUUCCCAAAUGCUGCAGCAAAAUUUGGGAUAUCCAUGUGGGAUCAUCUUCCCACUUACAUAUUGUUUGACAAGGUGACUGAAGUUUCUCGGUUUCCAGAAAUCACAAGUGAAUCAAAAGUAUUUGUGCCAAAAGUUACUAAGGGCACGGUGGGGCCUGCGUCGGGUGCAGUGGGGGCGCGUGGUGGGGCAUGCAGUGUCACGGUGCAGCGUUCGGCGUGCAUGGAGGAGGAAGAAGGACCAAAGCAGGCGGAAGAAGAAACAUGA